GUCUGUCUGUCAGUCACGCUGCAAAGGAACAUCAGAUAGGCCUACCAAUAUGAGCAACUUCGGGCAGAUCCUGAAGGAGAUCGGGGAGUUUGGUUUGUUUCAAAAACGUUUAGUGGCUACAUUAUGCAUCCCAAGCAUAUUUUCGGCUUACGACAUGUUUGGUCAGGUGUUUACAGGAAUGAGCUUUCCACAUCACUGUAACACUGACUGGAUCUUGGAGCGUGGGCCAAACUUGACAGAUGAGAGGCAAAGAAAUCUCAUCCUCCCGGUGAACCAUGAUGGAAGGUUUGAAAGCUGUAAUAUGUUCACACCUGUGGAUUUGGAUUUGGAAACCAUUGAAGCAUAUGGGAUUAACACUACAACAGGAUGCACAGAUGGAUGGGACUAUGGGACACCCAUAGGUGCUUCCAGCAUUGUGUCAGAGUUUGAUCUGGUUUGUGACAAGAGUGGUUUGAUUGAGGCAUCACAGUCCAUCUACAUGGCAGGUUUUCUGGUUGGAGUGUUGGUGUUUGGGGCAAUUUCUGACAGGUAAGGGCCAAUAACACAUGC